AUGUCUUCUAUCAUAACUUCUAUUGUUACUAAAACUACUGGACUUGCCAACUGUGCUGUUUAUUGGGCCAAAGUGGGUGCUGAAUUAAGUAAGGCCGUUUAUAAAGCUGAAGGUUUAAAACCACCAUCAAGCAAAGAAUUUGAAUUAGUUUAUAAAAAUGCUUUAAAAUUUAUUAAAACACCAAGUGAACAACAAAAAUUUUUGCAACAAGCUAAAAAUUUCCAACCAACUAAAGAAUGUGCUUAUAAAGUUGGGAUUUAUGGUAUUCAAUUAUUAGCUUUCUUUUCUGUUGGUGAAGUUAUUGGUAGAAGACAACUUACUCCUUAUGUGCCUUCUCAUCAUUAG